UGUUCAGCAGCCUCCCAAUCAAGACUAUAUCAAUGAGGGAAGAAGUUGACUCUUUUUAUGACUUGGAUUGUAGCAGUUUUAUUUUGCACUUGGGGAAUCAACAUUUCUGUUAUCUGCACACUGGGUCUCCUCAUGCUUUUGGAUAUCAUGCUACUAUUCAAGAUGAUUACCCCCGCACUCUUAAAUUGUUUGUCUUCGAGGAAACCAACUGCAGUGCAUCCGAAUUUAAUCCAAAAAUUGUUUAUUCUGCCAGUUUUGAUAUUAAAACUUCAUUCAUUAAUAAGGGUGAUAUCAUGAACUGCCAUAUCCUUAGCCCAGGAGAGAAGCAUGAGAGCAUGAAGAGGAAACAAGAAGAUAGCUGGAAGCAUGAGAGCAUGAAGAGAAACAAGAAGAUAACUGGAAGCAUGAGAGCAUGAAGAGGAAAU